UAUUUCCGGGGCUCGCGACUGAGCAUGUCUGAAAUCGAGGCUUUAAACUAUUGAUUGGCAUCUUUGCGCAUGUUCCAAGCCCUAGGCAGAGCUAGCGAGCUAGAUCUAGGUCCCAGUAUUACGGCGGCGGCCACUCGUCAAGGUGGUCUCGUUAAUAUAAGACACCAUGUCAUCACGCAAUUUUCGACGGGUGGCGGGGAACAACGAUCUUCCCCCACCCCCGGAUGACUCUGAUGAAGACUACCAGCCGCUGUAUGCUCAACAGCCGGGCAAGUCCAAGUUUGCUGGGUUGAUGUUGAGCUCUAAUUCGGAAUCGGAACAUGGAUCCGAUCGUGAGGAAGAGACGAGUGACAAAGUGGCUGCCCAAACUGCUCCCGCCACUAAGAAGAAGAAUUUUAAGAAGAAAGGCAAGGGGAAAGCUCGAAAGCCACUCGAGGAGCUGGAUGACAUCGAUCGUUCUUUGCAAGAGGUGAACGCAAUGUUAGGAGAUCCACCGCCGGCGCCCGAAGCCGAAGUCAAGAAGACUAACGAGGCUUUGCUCGUGUUGGCCCGUGAUCGGAAACAUCUGAACGUGGCCAAUGAGCUCAGGAGACUCUUUGGUCCAGAUACUGAGAACAACCGCAGGGCUCGUCAUCCAUCCAAUCGCGCCAUUUCGAUGAAGCGCGUUUUAGUUCAUCCUAAUAAGGAUACUACAAUCUACGAGUUCAGGAACACUGGGCUCACAAUGGCCAAGUAUAAAGAAGACCAAGUCAAGAAGUAUUUCGUGUUUAAUCAUAGCGAGGCUUACCAGAAGAUGCAUCGAGCCUUCUUGACGAGAUUCUCAACUCUUUCCACCAGCACUCUUCUGAUGACUAUGGAAGAAGCUCGAGCCAAUAUGCAUGUUGAGGCUUUGCUGGAGAUAUCCGACCGUCUGUUCCGUGUGGAAGAAGCGGGCAUCGCCAACGAGAUAGUUGAGAAUGUUGUUACAUACCUGCAGUACGUUGCCCACCCGCUAUUUGUUCUGACGCAGGACAAUGUCCGUCUAGAAUACAAGUUCAUGGAAAAUCGUCCAUUCCACGUAGCUAUGCUGAAGUACAUCUACUUGCUUACAAACAAGGCUUGUCACCGCACUGCGCUUGAGAUAGCAAAAAUGAUGGUGGUCAUUGACCCUUCGGAUCCGUUGGCAAUAAUAUCUAUCAUUGAUGUACUGGCUUUGAGAGCUAGGGAGCAUGAGUGGCUCAUUGGAACAAUUAGCUACUUUGACCGUCACCGUGAUGCUUGUCUUCUAUAUAACAUCAACUAUUCGAAUGCUCUCGCACAUUUCCAUGUGGCUGUUAAGAACAAGCAGGACCUUGGUACUGCCGAUGCUCUACUCAGAGAGGCCAUUUUGGCCCACCCUGUAGUGCUCCUGAAGAUCUUGGAAUGCUGCAAGGUUUCCAACACUACAGUUACUGAACAUCCGAUCUUUGCUAGUGAUCCUAAAAUGCCAUGGACCAAUGGCCUGCAGGAUUUGUUCUUCAUCUAUGCUAAGAUGACGUCCCCUCGUUGGAACGAGCCUCCAGUCAUGAACUGGCUUAUGAAGAACGUUACGGAACUGUGCGAGGCCUAUGACAACGAUCCCGCUGUUAGGGAGGAUGCUCAGCACUGGUCCAUCAACCGCAACGGCCUAUUCCAAGUAUGGCCCCCGGAGUACCUCCGCCAUGUCUCUGUGCUGAGCAGCAUGGCCAAGCUCAUACUUGAUGCUCCGCUGACCGGCUUCUACCGCCCCACAUGCGCCUGGGACCCACUUUUCGACAAGUCGGAAAAUCGCUACAACUAUAACUACAAGACACCGAGGCCUCAAAACGUUAGCGUGGGGCGUUCAGCUGUUUACAGCAACGACAUCCGCAACGAUCAUCUCAUCAUGCUUACUCAGCUAGCGAUGCAUACUGGUUGCUUCCCUCAGUUCAUCAACUUUGCGUCCAGCGUACCCCCGGAGUCGAGCCGACUCCACCCUACUGGGACAGGGCCUAAUGUCCCAGGCUCCGAUGCUGCGUCUGACUUUAACAACACCCCCGGAACUGUGUACCAAGGCGACGAAACUCCGAUUGAGAACCUUCGCGGCAAUGCCAACAUCGGACUCACAUUCACUCUGCCACUCGGCAGCUUCACCGUGAUGCCGGGCCUCGACGAUGGUAGCGGUACGACCCGACGCUACGUCAUUCAUAUCCCGGAUGAUAAUGCCGAGAAUAGUGGACAGCCGCAAGCUCCUCCUGAGGAAGAGUCCGCGAGCGGGCCGGAGCCCUCGCAAUGGAGGCCCACGCGACCGGUCGACACCGACGACGAUGAUUACGAACAAGACGUCGAAUAUGAUUACGAUGACGACGAGGAGAAUUACGAGAAGUACCGCAAGGCGCUGGCCGAAGCUAUCGCCGCGGCCCCUAACGACGAGCCGCUGGAUGGCAUCUUCAAGGAGAGCGAUGUAAACAAAAUGAUUCAUCCCACGUCGAUAUUUUGUAUUAUAGCUACGGAAUUUUGUGAAAGAUUUUCUUUCUGUGGUUUAAGAACUAUACUAUCUCUGUACUUAAGAAAUGUAUUAUGCCUUCAUGAAAACGCUGCAACGGUGGUGUACCAUAUAUUCAUAAUGAUGUGCUAUACCAUGCCUCUGAUGGGUGCCAUAUUGGCUGACAAUUUCAUCGGAAGAUACAAAGUAAUAUUAUAUUUCUCAAUAAUUUAUUUAAUUGGAACUGUAUUGACUUGUUGUUCAGCGAUACCCCCACUCAGGUUACCUCCUACAACUACAUCUAUGAUUGGAUUGCUGCUUAUAGCGACUGGUACCGGAGGUAUCAAGCCGUGUGUAGCUGCAUUCGGAGGAGACCAAUUCCGUCUACCCGAAGAGAACCAGUUGCUGCAGAAGUUCUUCUCCACCUUCUACUGCACGGUGAACCUCGGCGGGUUCAUGGGCAUGGUGGUGACGCCGGCGCUGCGUCGGAGCGUCAUGUGUUUCGGUGAUGACGCUUGCUAUGCGCUGGGCUUUGGCUUCCCGGCACUGUUGGUGCUUAUUUCUAUUGUGAUAUUCGUGGCAGGCAAGCCUUCGUACAGGAUAAAGCAGCCUCGAGACAACGUGACUCUCAAGUUUAUUUCUUGCGCCUGGUACGCCAUUACUAGGCGCAUAAAGUAUAACCCUCAAGUGGACGGGCUUCCUCGGGGCCACUGGUUGGAUUACUCCGUGGAACAGUAUGGAGAGAAGCUAGUAGCUGAUAUGAAGGUCGUCUUCUCCAUCCUGUACCUCUACCUGCCAGUCCCCAUAUUCUGGUCGCUCUUUGAUCAACAGGGUUCCCGCUGGACUUUCCAAGCUUCAAGACUGCGGAGUGAAGUGUUCGGCGUGACAUUGAUGCCGGAUCAGCUGCAAGUGAUGAACCCUGCUAUGGUGUUGCUGAUGAUCCCCGUCUGUCCUGGUGGGGCGUGGCCCUUACUGCCUGAUAUGCCGCCGCUACAGAAGAUGUUCAUUGGAGGAAUGUUGGCAGCGAUGGCUUUUGUUUCUGCUGGUAUACUACAGAUUGGUAUAGAGCGUUCAACACUGCAAGUACCAGGGCACAAACAAACAGGUCUAGUAAUAAUGAAUACCCUAGGCUGUGCUGUCGACGUGGCCAUCAGAGGCGAGGGCAUUGCCACGGUGGAGCAACAUGGCACUGCCCUAAUGACCCCACUGCCCCAUCGAGUCCUCAUGAUAACCGCUACCAGCCCCGUCAACUGCGCGGGAAGGGUCAUGAAGAAAUUUGUCGUGAAAGAAGAGUUGAAAACUGUUGCUGGAAUGUUCAUGUCUGUGGUGAUUGGCCAAAAUUCUGACGAUCAGAUAGGAUUGUACUUUAUGGACCCCAAUCCGUUCGUGAAAUCUCUGACGGGGAAACCUAAGUUAAAAGUCGUUUACGUCGGUGACACUGGCCCCAACAAAAACGUGUCGAUUGCCGUGGAAACUGAAAAAAGAUUGAGUGACAUCUACUAUGUUUCUGACGCCCCGGUUGACCAUAUCGGCGAGUCGGCCUACAUGUGUCUGCAGCCGGGCAAAUUCCGAUGGCGAGCAUUAAGCGCUGAUGGUGAAAUGUCAGGCUCCGGUGAAGGGUACCUCAGAGCUGGUGGGGUAUACGUCCUUUGUCUAAGAGAACGUCUUGGUCGAUUGGACGCCGCAGUUCUUCACGCUCCGAACCCUCCGAAUGAGCUGCACUUAGCAUGGAUAGUACCUCAGUACUUACUCGUGUCAGUUGCUGAGAUCAUGUUCGCUGUUUCGGGGUUGGAAUUUUCUUUUACACAGGCCCCAAAAAGUAUGAAAACUAUAACAAUAGCUGCCUGGUAUGUAUCCGUCGCCUUUGGGAAUUUGAUUGUCAUUCUUGUCGCCCAGACGAAGAUAUUUCAAUCUAGGGCGACGGAAUUUUUCGUGUACGCGGCUAUGUUGGCGAUAGCUAUGUUGAUUUUCCUGAGGAUGGCGCAAGACUAUCACUCUAGGAAUAUGGACGCAGACGGGUCCUCUUCAGAGAGUCGGCCCUUGUUACACCAUCGAUCCAAAGUAAUAUCAGUGCAUUCACUAUCAACAUCGAGUACUCGUGCGUUUGGAGGGACGGGAAGUAGUGCAGCCUCAUGUCUUGGCGUCAUGGAGCGCUCUCGUCCCGCGGCCUGGCCACAACGCGCCUACGUCCAUCUAGCCACGCCUAGCUCUGGAGAACCUAAAGCUACUACAUUAGCUCAGGAAUAGAGGGAUAGGCAACUA